AUGGAUAACUUUAUCGCCAAAGAUAAUGUCAAAAUUUUGGAAGAUUCGGCGUCCCAAGCUAUCUCGGAACAAUCCCAAGCUUCCAUCGAGCAUGGAGAGACGAUGGACGAAUCCUCUGCUACAUCUGUAUCUGUGAGAGAUAGCGGGGCACUUAACGUUAUCGCACGGGAAAAUGGUAUGACAAAGACCGAUGAGGAUGAAGUUCAACUGAUGAAGGAGAAAUUCCCGGGACUUGGGCGGUUUUUUGCCAUCAAACAGCGCAAGCCAACACCUCAUAACCUUUUUUGGGAACAAUUGAAGCCAUCAAAUGACUGGCUGCGACCUGUAGAGGACGCCCCGGAUUGCGAAGUCGAUCUCACAUCAAAAACAGACGUGGCUCUAAGAAAGUCAAGAAAAUCACAGAAAGUAUUGGACGACCGUCAAAACCAAAGAGUCCCGGGAGCACAGGCCGAAGACCAAGAUUGUAGUGAAAGCAUUUCUGAGAGGGGCGCACUUAAUCCAAAAGAAACGGUGCAUACUACCAAGAGAUUUCCCAUACGGAAUGAAAUAUUGUGGAAGGCGUAUAAACGCCCCUAUCGUCACUUAGACGACCUCCUGGCAGUGAAAUCCGAUAUACCAUCCGGCGCUUCCAUACUUGGCUUACUUCAUUUGGCGGAGUACUCAAUCAAGCAAGCAGAUACGUUUCUCGAUAAUUUAGAACGGCCAGAUCUAGCUCUGGAGAAGUGGGUUACAGUGAAUAUCACAAUAAACCAUACUAUACCCCAUAGCGAUGGCUACAACUCACUCAGGAGUGAUCCCGGGCUUCUGACCAGGUAUAAUAUGUUGAAAAAAUGGCUCAUAGACAAAGAUUCAACAUUUGAAGAAGCCAAAAACGUUGUCCGGGGCGAUAAUUGUAAGAAUGGCGUUCAAUCCUUGUUAGCACGACCAGUGAGCUGUGCAGAUGGAGAUAGCAAAGCAGUCCCAAUCAAUGGUAAAGAAGAAAGAUGGCAAAAACAAGAUCACAUCAAAUUUGAGAAAGAGGCAGCCGUAGCUUCAGCAUUGCCCGAUGCUGACGCUUGUAAAAACUCGAGCGAAAGUAAUAUUCCUACAAUGCAUAGUCAGCCUUCUUCCUUCCAAUUCUCGGACGAUUUUACAAUCUCCUACCCAUGCCAUGUUAGAACAUGUCCAGAGCAUCAAAGUGGCUUCCCCUCUCAGCAAGUACUCAUGGAACACUAUGUCAAUGCCCACGGUGAAGCUUAUCAUCUUUGCGACUAUCCUUCAUGCCAAUCACAAAUAGGCACUGCCAGUGCAUUAGGUUCCAAGGUCCGUUUCCUUCGGUCAGAUUUUCGAGCGCCAAAAAUAAAUUACAGAACCCACCUCCGAGAAUUCCACAAAGAAGACAUUGGAUUAUCUUCAAAGUUGUCGACGGAAGAAAUAGAGGGCCUUGGUACAUGUAGGUUCGAGGCAGAAUGGUGGAGAUGCCAAAGCUGUCUAAGAAAGGUAGUCGUGGGGAGCGAAGGGUAUAGUUGCAAAUCUUGCAAAACUAUCUGCGAAUCGGCAAGAAUUUCGGCGAGGAAGACAAGAUUUGGGUUUGGCGGCUUGAUUGGUAGUGAAAGAGUGAUCUCUAUUCCAAACGGAGCUAUACCCCGUCAGGCUUCCUAUCCUUCAGGCGAUUUAGAUGUCUCAUAUGAGCCAAAAGUUAUUGAUAGUGGGGAAACUCAGGGCUUUGAGGAUUCUGCAAUUCCGUGUUCUUCUGAUCCACUACCUACACUAUCACCUGCAACAAAACUCCAGAAACUCAACUUUGAAAUGGCACGGCGAGAAAUAUCGACCGAAAAUGCCGCAUCAGAGCGGAGCAUUUUUGCUACAUUAGCUACAUCUGAGAAGGAUCAAGGCAGCGGCUUAUAUGACUUAAAAGUCUGCCCAUCGCCCAGGAUCUCUCACGAAGAUGUCAUCAUUGAAUAUACUCACGAAGAAUAUACCAGUAAUAAAGCAGUUCCACUCACUACAAUCAAACAAUUAGGACACGGAUCUCUUGGAAUAGUUGAUGCAGUUCGUUUCAAUGAUAGAGAUCAUAAUGGUUUAAUUGCUCGGAAAAUCAUUCGUCUCCCCAACUUCUCGCGAAAAAGGCUAUUGCCUCUGAUCCAGCAAGAGGUGGCAGUUCUUCGGGGUCUUUCUCAUCACCACAUCGUCAAGGUUAUCAGCACUUAUGAGACAAUCAAAGCUCCUCGGCAAUUUGGGAUUCUCAUAUCUCCAGCUGGUGACGAAGAUCUAGGCCAUUUUCUUGAACGAGUUAGUGACAGUGAUUUUCCAGAAGAAGACAUGAAGCUGCUUAGUGGUUGGCAAUGUUGCCUUGCUUCUGCCGUGUCGUAUAUUCACUCUCAGAAUAUCAGACACAAGGAUAUCAAGCCAAAUAAUAUAAUUUGCAAGGGCGAUCAAGUCUAUUUGACUGAUUUUGGAUCCGCCCACCAGUUCAGUGCAGGCGUCACAAGUUCAACAGAAGGGCCUUUAGUAGGCAUCACCAAAAUGUACAGUGCCCCCGAAGUAAUUUCAGAUGAUCGAAGGGGCCGACCUGCUGAUAUUUACUCCCUGGGAUGCGUUUUUGCAGAGAUGGCUACUGUGGCUGAUGGCGAACGCAUCGAGGACUUUCAUGAAUACAGGAGCCAGCCAAUACCAGAUGAACCUGAUAGAAUGACCUACGUCUACUAUGCGACUUCACAUAUGAUAGGGCCAUGGUUUAACGAGUUGGGAGAUUUGUGGAUGGCCUCACUCCUUCAAAAUAUGCUGGCUUUUGAUCAAAAAUGUCGCCCGACAGCUGACGUUCUUGUCGAAAGUUUGUUGCAGCAUUAUGGGCCCCCUAGUUGCUCGUGUCAAAUAUAG